CUCCUCAGCCGGGGGCUCUAGGCACACCAGACGCUGCUGCGCAACCGCUGGGUUGCAGGGCCAUGGGUCUCAGUCCUGCCUCAACCCACCGCGAGCCCGUCCCAUCUGCCGCUUGACUGGAGGCCCAGGUGGUCAUCAUGGGCCAGUGCUACUACAAUGAGACCAUCGGCUUUUUCUACAAUAACAGCGGCAAGGAACUCAGCCUUCACUGGCGCCCCAAGGACGUGCUGGUGGUGGCCCUGGGGCUGACAGUCAGUGUGCUGGUAUUGUUCACCAAUCUGCUGGUUAUUGCAGCCAUCGCCUCCAACCGACGCUUCCACCAGCCCAUAUACUACCUGCUUGGCAACCUGGCUGCUGCUGACCUCUUCGCUGGCAUGGCCUACCUCUUCCUCAUGUUCCAUACUGGCCCACGUACCGCCAGGCUCUCCAUCAAAGGCUGGUUCCUGCGACAGGGCCUGCUGGACACCAGCCUCACGGCAUCAGUGGCCACGCUGCUGGCCAUCGCGGUGGAGCGGCACCGCAGUGUGAUGGCGGUGCAGCUGCACAGCCGCUUGCCCCGGGGCCGUGUGGUCACACUCAUCGUGGGUGUGUGGGUGGCUGCACUGGGUCUGGGGUUGCUGCCUGCACACUUCUGGCACUGCCUCUGUGACUUGAACAGUUGCUCACGAAUGGUGCCCCUGUUCAGCCGCUCUUACUUGGCUGUGUGGGCCCUGUCCAGCCUGCUUGUCUUCCUGCUCAUGGUAGCCGUCUACACACGCAUUUUCUUCUACGUGCGUAGACGGGUGGAGCGCAUGGCGGAGCAUGUCAGCUGCCAUCCCCGCUACCGAGAGACAACACUCAGCCUAGUCAAGACAGUUGUCAUCAUUCUGGGGGCAUUUGUGGUGUGCUGGACCCCGGGCCAGGUGGUGCUGCUCCUGGACGGUCUGGACUGUAAGUCCUGCAACGUUCUGGCUGUGGAGAAGUACUUCCUGCUCCUGGCAGAGGCCAACUCGCUGGUCAACGCGGUGGUCUACUCCUGCCGAGAUGCUGAGAUGCGCCGUACCUUCCGCCGCCUUCUCUGCUGCAUGUGUCUCCGCUGGUCCAACCAGAAGUCUGCCCGUUACUCGUCUUCUGCCCGGACGGGUGCCAGCACCAGAAUCAUGCUUCCUGAGAAUGGCCACCCACUGACGGACUCCACCCUUUAGCACCUUGGACCUUGGACAGGAGCUUCAGCUGCAGCCCAUGGCCACUUGCAGAGCCUGUGACUCAAGCCAGCCCAGCAGAUGCAUGGCUCUUCAACACUCCCUGCCCCAGGGACAGGGAGUCUGCCUGCCCCAGGACACAGGGACUUGGGGACAUCUCCAUGCACCUGGGGAGCAUCCAACUGGGACUUGGCAAUCUGGCUCUCAAUCAUCUCAGGUUUUAGGUUUUUUAACAGACAUUUUCAUAUUUUUACUGUAUAUCUCUGGUAUGUCUGUGGACUGCUGCUUCCUACAGGGUGCUGUAGCUGUUGGGAUAGAAAAGGUGAGAGUUGCCCCAAGCUAUAUCACCUAGGGUUACAGGGUAGACCAGAAGGGUACUGUCUUCCUGAGGCUACUUUUGGUUGUUUUGUUAUGCUUUUGAGACAGGAUCUCUUGUAGCCUCGCUGGCCUUGAGUUCACUGUGUA